GUCAUCCUUAUUUACCAUGUGUGCACUUGUAUUUUUCUCUAGUACUUUAAAUAUUUUUACUUUUUUUCUAAGGCAGAUCCUGUCACUUUCCUGCUCUCACCUCUUCACCCACCCCAUUCACAGAACGCAUGAGUCCCUUCUUUGUGAUGUCUCUCCUCUUUAGCCUGGCUUUCGGUCAAACAGCAUCACUUUGUGCUCCUUCUGAGUAUACAAUCCAUGUGGAGAAAAGGGAAUGUGCCUACUGCCUGGCCAUCAACACCACCAUCUGCGCUGGAUUUUGCAUGACUCGGGACAGCAAUGGCAAGAAGCUGCUACUCAAAAGUGCUCUGUCCCAGAAUGUGUGCACAUACAAAGAGAUGUUGUAUCAAACAGCACUGAUUCCGGGCUGUCCUCAUCACACCAUCCCUUACUAUUCCUACCCUGUGGCUGUGAGCUGCAAGUGUGGUAAAUGUAACACUGAUUAUAGUGACUGUGUUCAUGAGAAGGUUAGGACAAACUAUUGCACUAAACCACAGAAGCUUUGUAACAUGUAAGCUUCCAACAGAAUGUGGUCGAAAUGUACCUCUCUGCUGACAACUAAACAUAAAUAAAAGUGCAUUUCAUAACA